AUGGCUCUGCCAGACUGCACAGAGGAGGAGCUGCAGGCGCUCUACGAGUGGGUGGACUCGGUUCCGCUGUCGCGUCCCAAGAAAUCAAUCACCCGCGACUUCGCCGACGGAGUGUUGAUGGCCGAGCUGGUGCACUACUUCUUCCCCAAGCUGGUGGAGGUGCACAACUACUCGCCAGCCCACAACAGCGUGCAGAAAAUGUACAACUGGACGACGCUCAACCAGAAGGUGUUCAGGCGCAUGGGGUUUGCGCUGGCGCGGGAGCACUGCGAGGCGGUGGCCAAUGCCGAGGCGGGCGCCGUGGAGAGGGUGCUCAAGCUGCUGCUUGCGGCCGGCGCACUGGGGCACCCCGCCGCCGCCGCCGCCUUCCCCACGCUCGACCAGGCGCUACAUGCCAGCCUAGCAGACAAGGAGCAGCAGCUGGAGGAGCUGCGAGAAACCAACCAGAUCCUUGAGACCAAGAUCAGCAAGCUGGAGCAGCUGGUGCGGCUCAAGGAUGCCAAGGUGCAGGCGCUGCUAGCACGGCUGGCGGCGGCAGAGGCGCCGCCCGCCGCGCCGCCCGCCACCUGA